CCAUUUGAAUUAUUUUGGCAAAGGAAAAUUUUUUAGCGAAUAGACGGUUUUGGAGGACGACAGUUUAACUUAUAGACAGCUUUGCUCCUUUUGUCUAUUGUGGCCUUUGCUUGAAUAGGCAGAUCUCUGGUGUAGGACAAAAUGGGCAUUACUCCAUCCGAGGAAGAUUUAGUGCUGAUUGAAUACGGAAGCGUCCACUCGAGGGCACUUUGGGAUCUCAUGACGCAAAUAUCGACGGAUUUGGAGACGAGCUCCGAUCAUGGUAAGGAAGAUACAAGUUCCAGUCUAGAGCAGGAAUUAGGGACGAAUAUAGACCUAAAGAAACACCUAGACACUCAAAUACACUUUUCAUCGCAUCCCCCAAACGUAAAUAGACGGGUCGCACGAUCGAAAGUAUCGCGAAUAUCGCAUUUAUCUCGUGGUUUAGAUACGGAGCAAUCGCAGGAGAUCUUGAGAGAAUGGAGAGCAAUCCAAUUGAGGGGAUUUGUAGACCCAAAGAAGUUCUACAGUGGGAACAAGAGAAUGGAAGAAUUACCGGAAGAGUUUCAUAUUGGUGUAAUAAGGAGUGGAAAUGGGAUAAGAGCGGGUCCAGGCAACGAAUCCCAGGCUCUUGGUACAUUUAAUUCCAAAAAGAGAAAUCACGGAAAAUCGCUGGUAUCUCAGAUUUUGCUGAAAAAUGGAGAUUGGGCAAAGAAAAGGUACAGAGAAUUGCAAGGAGAAUAUACACAAGGUAAAAAGGGAUGGUACGAAAGGUUUAAACAGAAAAGGAAGAUUGGGAAACGACAUGCAGCUUAACCUUGCAGUAUUGGCACGAAAAUACACAAUUUAUAAAACAAAAUAUGAAUAUUUAACAUACGUUUGGGUGAAAAUACGAUUAGUGCUUAAACUUGUGAAUACCGAGGAUUUAAAAUGCCAAAUAUUUUGGAGCCAAUUGUUCUUGGGUGAAUAGAUGGCACAAAACCCAAUCUGGACCAAGAAAACAUAUACAGCUACAAAGAGUAUUAAUUGUUACUACUUGGCUUCGUAAUACUCAUUCUAAAGCUCACAAAUGAAACCCCAAACUUGGAGUCACACCUCAAAUGUCCCAAUACUCCUAUAUGUCCCUUUGGGAUAUUCUUGUCGUUUUUGUUGCUAUAUCUGAAAUAUUAUCAUGUAAAAGGUACCACAAGUUCAAAUUUAUCUCAAGUUAUAGAUUACUCGUGGUUUUUGGAUUCCGUUAUUUCAUGGCCUAUCCACUAUCUUAUCUAUUCAUGCCAUCCAUUGACCACCACUUCCCAU